AUGAUGUCCACAAUUCCUCUCAGUGCGGGACGCCGACGCGUGUUUGGCUCCGUCUUCUCCCCCGCGUCACUCGAAGCUCGGCCACCCUUCGCAUCCAGUUCAGACGAGACCCCGCUUGCCUCCUUCCAAUCCAGCUCAACUGUUCGAAAUGAGUCGUUCGGAUCGGUUCAUCAGCCCUCGGACAACGCCUCAGACCGACAAACAUGGGACCAAGCGUGGUCUGCUGCAACGGCUUUCCUAUGUGUCCCCGAUCGAGGGUUCGCGCCCAUUUACGAUUUCAGAGAGACCGAUGGAAGUGAACUUUUGAAGGAAUGGAACAGGCUCAGUCCUCCAUCAAAGGAAACGGGGGAGGCACUGGCAUAUUUGGUCGCCGCUGCGCAGCAUGGGCAUUCGUCUCAGAAGAAUUUGUUUGAUUGGUAUGGUGAUGAGAUACGGAGACAUUUUCUCACGAAUCUACGGACCGAAAUCUUUCAAGUGCUUGUCAGUUCUGAGAAGGAGGGUCUACUAAGGACGAUUGUGGACUGUUUGCAGCUAGCCCGUCGAAUCUACCUAGCGCCGAUUGUGCACUAUGUGAUGCCACUCAUCACAAAAUCCGAGCAGGGGCGCGUUUUAACCCAAACACAACGAGUCCUCCAUGCAGUCGUCUCAUAUUCCUUGCCUUGGGAACACAUAUCAACGUUAUUGGCCGCAGAGCUGUCGCGAGAUGCCCUUGUUAUCCUGGGUAUUGAUACACUGGUGGAAGAUUCAGCAUCGGAGGAUAUCAGCCAGGAUGAUAUGGAGGUAGAUCGACAAUACUCGGUCUCUUAUGAAGACUGGAAAGAGAGCAACUCAGACACGCAAGCACAAAUGAUGACCGAGGGAGAACCUGCAUCUGUGACUGUGGCCCGCGAUCAGCUUUUAGCAUUCUUGAAUGGCCUGCAACUCGUGGGACUUGGUGGUGACAAGGCCCAGAAAGUGUUUGCCAGCGUAAUGAAUACAAUGAUGACCGAAUUCGUGCGUGCGGCAUACACUGGUACGGCCUAUAAUGGUCGGUGGGAGAGGCCGACAUCAGUUGCCCAGCAUUUGAAACACUGGGUGGAGAAUAUCUUCGCUCGUCUUGCAGUACAAGUGCUGGCUAUUAUCCACACACCUGCUGGCCAGAUGGCGGGUGCCCUGGAUGUCAGCUUUGGAGAUGUGGAAAAGUGGCAAGACAUUGCCAUUGCCCGGCUGGGUGCUCUUCGGACUGGUGAACUUUUCGACGUUAUUGUGGAAUGGCCCGUCAGCUCCGGUGCCAUUGAGGAUCUGCGACACUUUACGACACACCCCGCUGCAAGAGCACAUGUCACGCAGUCUUUCAUUGCCAUUCUUAAUCAGCGCCUUUUACACCCUGGAGCCUCUACCGUUCAGAUACUGCAACUUUACAUCUCCAUCAUUCGAGCCUUUCACCUCUUGGAUCCCAAGGGAGUACUUCUUGACCGAAUUGCUCGACCGAUUCGACGGUAUUUGAGGGAGCGCGAAGAUACAGUGAAGGUGAUUGUCAGUGGCCUACUGGCAGAACCAUCCGUCAUUGCGGCCACUGAGCCGGCGUCACUAUAUUCAGGAGAUACUUUGGCCGAGUUGGCGACAGAGUUGACCAGGGCACACCAGCUCUCCAUGAACCAACGCGACAGUGAGCUUGACUGGAAUGAUAUGAACUGGAUGCCCGAUCCUGUUGAUGCGGCGCCUGAUUAUCGGAAAGCGAAAAGCUCGGAUGUCAUUGACAGUCUUGUUAGUCUGUUCGACUCGAAAGAGACAUUUGUCAAGGAAUUACAAACGCUCUUGGGUGAUCGCCUCUUACAGAAGCGCGAGGACUAUGACCAAGAGAUAUCAGUCCUCGAACUCCUCAAGGUACGCUUUGGGGACUCAGCUUUGCAAGCGUGCGAGGUCAUGCUUCGCGACAUUUCCGACUCUCGUCGUGUCGAUGCCGUCAUACGCAACGACCAAGGAUUCAACAAACCACCCUCGCGCAUGACUUCCAAGCGAGUCCCAAGACGUGAUAUCCCAGAGCUUCACACCAAGAUUCUAUCCCGAUUCUUCUGGCCAGAGAUUCAAGACCAGGAAUUUAAGGUGCCUAAAGAGAUUACCUCCCUCCAGACGAAAUAUUCCGAAGGUUUCGAGGCUCUCAAACAGUCCCGCAAGCUCAGAUGGCGAAACGGUCUUGGUCAAGUAACCGUCGAACUAGAGCUGGGCGAUCGUUCAUUCGCAGACGAAGUCACAACCUGGCAAGCCACAGUCAUUCACGCCUUCCAAGACGAGUCCGACGAACCCAUCACAAGAACCGCAACCGAGCUCGCCGAGACAUUAGAAAUGGCCGCACCUCUUGUCCGCAGCGCUUGUCUAUUCUGGGUUAGCAAACGUAUCCUCACGGAGGUCCACCGUGAUACCUUCCGAGUCCUUGAAUACCUCCCUACAGAAGACGGGCACGGCGAAGGCGAAACAGACUCGAUGGCCGGUGACGACAUUCCAUCUGGCGAUACAGAAAAUGCCGCAGCUGCAGCAGAAGCUGCCGCGGCCGCUGCGGCUAAAGAAACCGCCGAGGCGGCUGCAAUGGAGAAGAUGAAUCUUCACUGGCAGUUCAUUGUUGGAAUGCUGACCAACCAGGGUGCCAUGCCUUUGCAGCGCAUCGUCAUGAUGCUGUCCAUUGUCGUUCCUGGUGGUUUUCCCUUUAGCCAUGAGGAGCUGCGCGAGUUCUUGGCUGGUAUGGUGUCUCGAGGGAAGCUGGAGAUUGUGAGUGGUGGUAGUUACAAGAUUGUGCAUUAA